AUGAGUAACUCAGUGUUAGAAAUGAAUUUCAUUCGUUUACUAUACUGUACCGAAUGUCUAGCAGCACAGAAACAAUUAGGAACCACUUACAAGGACUACGUAAAAACUCUUGAAACAUUUUUUAAUACAUUGACUUCAUCAAAUCAUCGUCCUUCUCCAGAAAAUAUACGUAAAUAUGAAAUAAGGCUAAAAAAGUUAAAGCAGACUUGCGAUACAGUAGAAAAUUCGAAUGUACAGUCUAUUCAUCAUCAUCAUCUGUCACGUAGUGAAAUAAUUGCAACUUCUAAAAUGAAUGAAACCUCUCCUGUUAAUCAUGAUGUCAAUAAGGAAGAUGUAAUUGCUCCUGAAAUAAAUAACUUAUCAUGUAAUAAAAACGAUACUGUAUGCUCUGAAAUAGACAAUCAAUCAAUUAUUCAGGGCACAUUUACUGAUAGAUGUGAUUUGAUCGCAAAAGAACGCCAACGUAUAAAUAGAGAGUUACGAGAGCAAUUAUUAGGUGGAAAUAAAUCCAGCGACAAAAAAUCAUUAAAUCAUAGUAAAAAUGAAAAUCUAACUCAUUCCUCUGGACUUCUUCGUGAACAAGAAAUUCAACGUGAACAAUUAGCUUCAGAAAUGCUGCUAUUAACAACAGAUUUGAAAAACCAAUCUUCUGCAAUGAGUCAACGAAUUCGUCUGGAUUGUGAAACUGUUGAUGCUAGUAUUGGACAAGUUGAGCGAAAUACCGCAAAUCUUCAUGGUGUAUUAAAUGAAUUAUCAUUAGAGCUUGGUUCCAAGUGUGGUCGAAUUGUAUGGAUUCUAUUUUUUAUUGCGUUAGGUUUAUUUUUAUACAUGAUAUUAUUUAUGAAAAUGUUUCGUAAACGAGUUAUUCAAUCAAAUUCUGUUUAUUCUCCUAAAACCGAGUUAUAA